GUGAUCGGUGCCCGGUUAGUCACCUACGUGCAAAGUCAACUAGACAUCACCACCGAAAUCAGCGGCUGCUGGACUGACUCGAUGGUAGCGCUUCACUGGAUUAGAAGCAAUUCCCAGCGGUGGGGAGUAUACGUGCGAAACAGAAUCAACGAGAUCCAGAGCCUCUGCCCGCCGACCUUGUGGAAGCAUGUCCCGGGCAAUCAGAAUCCUGCUGAUCUGCCAUCCAAAGGAGUACCGGCGGCGCAGCUGAGGAGCAGCCUCUGGCUGCAUGGCCCAGAGUGGCUGGAAGGCGACAAUUCAGUCUGGCCUCCGCAGACUCCGACAAGCAACGAGCCAGCCGAAUGUACAGUGGAAGCAAAGAAGAUGGCGCUCACAACGGUAGGAACUCGCGCCAGAUCCACUGGGAUCGGACAAGUGAUGGACAUCAACCGCUACAGCAGCUGGAGGAAGCUGAUAAGGAUCACCGCCUGGGUGCUAAGAUGGGCUCGAGGCCGCAGCUUGGCGACAAGCCUCAGCGGUCCUUUGUCGACAAGUGAAAUCAGCACCGCUGAGCGUCUGUGGGUCAUGGACGCCCAACGAACCGAGUACGGCCAAGACCUGGAUGCCCUCCAAGCGGGUCUUGACCUGCCGCGUCAGUCGAGCUUGAAGGCUCUCAACCCCGUGCUAGAAGAGGGCAUACUGAGAAAGGAUGGACGACUUCAGUAUUCCAGUCUCUCAGAAGAGGAGAUACGACCGGUGAUUCUCCCGCCUGGUCACCGGCUGGUUUAUCUCCUGGCUAUGAAGAUCCACGAAGAACUCUGUCACGCUGGAGUUCAGCAAGUUGUGGAUGCCAUCAGAGAUCGCUAUUGGAUCACCCGGGGGCGGCAAACCGUGCGCGCCUCCCUGAACCAGUGCCGCAAAUGCCACUUGUUCCGAGCCCAACCGUUCGCCAUGAGACCGGCUCCUCUGCCUCGGAGCCGGGUGACAGCCGCUCGACCCUUCAGCUGCACUGGCAUCGACUACGCUGGGCCGCUAUAUGUGAAGCGGCCGUUUGGAUCCGAGCCCGAGAAGGUCUACAUAGCGGUUUUCACCUGUGCCGUCACGCGCGCCCUGCAUCUGGAGCUGGUGGGUUCCCUGCGGACGGAAGACUUCCUCCGCGCCUACCGUCGUUUUGCCGCUCGCAGACUCAGUCCGACCAGCAUUAUCAGCGACAACGCCACCUACUUCCAGGCCGCCUCUGCCGUCCUGGCCACGGAGGGAGUUUCUUGGAGCUUCAUCGUGGAGCGGGCUCCAUGGUGGGGCGGCUUCUGGGAGUCGAUGGUGAAACUUACGAAGCACGCGCUGCGCCGCACACUUGGUGCAGCACUUCUCUCAUGGGAGGAGCUAGAGACAGUGCUCUGUUCCGUGGAGGGGGCCAUCAAUGAACGUCCUCUCACUCAAGUCAGUGAUGACCCGGAUGACCUGCGACCGCUGAGACCGUCAGACUUCCUUCACUGCUCUCUGGAAUCUGGUCCGAGUCCCGUCCGGGAGAGCGAAGCCCAGCGCCUGACACGCCGCCGCCGUUACCAGAGCCGAGUCAUGGAAUCCCUGUGGAAUCGCUGGCAGCGUGAAUAUCUGAGGCACCUCAGAGAUCAGCACCGACCUGAAGUGGAGCUAGCACCCACAUCAGGCGAUCUCGUGCUGAUCGAAGGCGAGACCUCUCCCAAUCGCCUGACCUGGACAACUGGCGUGAUCUGUGCCGUGCAUCCUGGACGGGAUGGACGAUCCCGUGCUGCCUCGGUGCGCACUGGGCGUGGUAUCGUAAGGCGGCCCAUACAGAAGCUGUAUCUCUUGGAGGCCGCAUCAGCCAGCCAGACGUCUCCAGAGGUCUGAGUGAGCGCAAAUGGUGAAAGUCAAUCCACCAGGAAGGGGCAUGGGUGCUCGUGCUCCUAUGCUCUCGUCAUUGUGUACUAUUAUGAUUUAUGUGUUACUAUUGUCUUGACUUCCACCCCGGGGAGUAUGUUGUGUAUUUGCGGUGUUCUGCUAGCAAUUAUAAAAUGACCUCAACAUGGAGGUGCCGAGCAGUGCAAUGUCUCCCGCAAAUAUUGUGAUUGUUUUUGGAUAAAAUCUGGGUUCGAGGGGGGACUUGGGAGUGACAUGAAAAAUGGAAUACAGGAAGUGAUAUAUUGUGAUUUUGAAUAUUGAAUAGA